ACCUAGUCUAGUCAUCACUAAAUUUAUUAGUAACUUAUAUUAAUCUAGAUAUCUUCUUGAAGAUUAUGGGACGAAAUUUGCCGGCCCCUGUUCCUUGUCGAGUUUGCGGUGAUCGUUCGUAUGGAAAACAUUAUGGGGUUUUCUGCUGUGAUGGUUGUUCCUGUUUUUUCAAGAGAAGUAUUCGUCGAAAUUUGAUUUACACUUGUAUAACUGGGAAUAAUUCCUGUAUUAUCGACAAAGCACGUCGCAACUGGUGUCCUUAUUGUCGUCUGCAGCGUUGUUUUGCAGUACGAAUGAAUACUGCAGCUGUUCAAGAAGAACGUGGACCUCGUAAACCAAAAUAUCAUCGCCCAUCAGAUUACCCUCUUUCACAAGCACUUUCCACAUUUUCACAACCCUUUAAUAAUUCAAUAUUAUCUGAUCAUGAGUUAGCUGCACAGAUUCUAUUGGUUGCAAUUCGCCGUGCACGGCACAACCCUUUCUUUUCUGUCGUUGAUAAACCUACACAAGACACAAUCCUGUCUCACGUUUGGUCACAACUGUUUGUAUUAAACGCUUGCACAUGGAAUUCAACGCUUAAAUCAUCAGGACACCAAGAAAACACAGCAAAAUUAAUUUGUCCUGAUCUUCGUUGUACAUACGCAUAUUUACGUGAAGCGGAAUUAAGCGGAAGUGAAAUUGAAAUCUUAGAAAGUUUGAUUCUAAGUCGCUGGGAAAUUUUAUCGGCUGGUGAGCAAUGUGUACUUGUCAAAUUGAUGCAAGAACGAUCAAUGGAACUAUUAAAUAUUUGUACCAAGGCGGAUUAUCGCAGAAUCGCGAAAGUUUUGUUGUGUUUGCCGCUGAUUUGUCAAGUGAAUGCUAAUGUUUUACAGAAAACAUUGUUUCAGCCGGUUAUUGGUGUUGUGCCCAUGGAACGGAUUGUUAUUACUAUUUAA